UCUUGUGGUAUUGUGCUUGUAAACGUAAUUGGGACUUCCUUUAGCAAUAUCUAACAAUAACAUUAAUUAGUCAAGUUAAGACACAUUUGCAAACUUUAUUUUUAACAUACUUGCGUGUUAACUUUAAUCAUUAAAGAAUAAUGACCUUUGUCAAUUCGCAAUUAACUAAAAAAAGGAAUUAAAUAUUCCUCGGUGACGCCAUUUUGUUCAAUUUAUAUUUUUCUGCUUUUAUAAAUGGAAUUAGGAAAGAAAAGGUAUAAGGGUGGUCGGACACCUUCUAUUAGGUCCAGUGAAAGGCGACGUCCUCAAAGUGUUUCAUCUAUAUCCACACUAUCGCCGAGAGUUGUGUUGUCAAGAUUGGAACCCAGGGAGUUUGAACGUCUUCGAUUAUCUUACAAAAUUGCAAUCGACCAAAGAAGAUCCAGAAGCUGCCGUGGCAUGAACAUGGGUCAAAAAAUUAGUGGUGGAGUUAAAACAGUUAGUCGAAAUGAUUCACAGUCUACCUUUAAACCAAUAAUACCAAGGGAGUUACAAGCUGAUUUUGUCAAACCAGCGCGAAUCGAUAUUUUACUUGAUAUGCCACCAGCGUCUCGAGAACUUCAACUGAAGCAUUCAUGGAACCAUGAAGACAGGUCGUUAAACAUUUUUGUGAAGGAAGAUGACAAGUUGACGUUUCAUAGGCACCCAGUCGCUCAAAGUACUGACUGUAUACGUGGAAAAGUCGGACUCACAAAAGGAUUGCAUAUUUGGGAAAUCUAUUGGCCAACAAGGCAAAGAGGAACACACGCUGUUGUUGGUGUUUCUACUGCAGAUGCGCCCUUACAUUCAGUUGGAUAUCAAAGCUUAGUCGGAUCAACUGAACAAAGUUGGGGCUGGGACUUAGGAAGAAAUAAAUUGUACCAUGAUUCAAAAAACUGUGCUGGUGUCACAUAUCCAGCAAUAUUAAAAAACGAUGAAGCAUUUUUAGUUCCAGACAAGUUCUUAGUAGCUUUAGAUAUGGACGAAGGAACACUAAGCUUCAUUGUUGAUCAGCAGUAUCUUGGUAUUGCAUUUAGAGGGUUGCGAGGAAAAAAAUUAUAUCCAGUUGUUUCGGCGGUUUGGGGUCACUGCGAAAUAACCAUGCGCUAUAUUGGUGGAUUAGAUCCCGAGCCCUUGCCCUUAAUGGAUCUUUGUCGAAGAUCAAUUAGACAAAAAAUUGGCCGGGUGAACAUGGAGGAGCGUAUACAAGAACUGCAACUUCCUCAAUCAAUGAAAACAUAUUUACUGUAUAAAAACCGUAGAUAAUAUUUUUAAUUUGUAAGAAAAAACCAAUUGAAAUUUUUUCUGCAUGUGAUGAAAGCAGUAAGAACUAAUUGUGUUAGCUUAUAAUAGUAUUAGAUCAAUGUUAGUUUGUCUGUCCUUUAACAGGAGAAGCAUAGGUAUACAAUUCUUUAUAAUACUUUAUUUUACCUAUAAAGGUUUAUUGUAUAUUAAGAAGCAUUAAAGUAAUAGUAUGUAUACAAUGUGACAUCUCAUUUUGCAAUAAAUUGGAGAAACAUGUUUCUUCACGUAACAUUA